CGCCAAAAAACAGCUGUAUAUGCGCGCUUCAUUUUCCAAAUAGAAAAAAAACCUAAUUGUUAGCGUCCUUCGUGAAAUUGUUACCUGUUCAAAUUUUUGUUAUUAAAGGAAUCGUGACUUAAAAGGUCUUGCUAUGGACCAGUCAAAGCAGGUUUUGCGAGACUACUGUGGCGAUGGCAAUAAUACCUGUGCCUCGUCCUUGAGGGAAAUCACCUUGAUCGAGACAGUGACCAGCUUUCUGGAGGAGAAUGGCGCCUCGGAAAUUGACAGGAAGGUGCUGAAGAAGCUAGCCGAGGCCCUGUCCAAGAGUAUAGAUAUCACCAGUCCGGGAGCCCUGCAAGAUGUCACCAUGGAGAACUCAUAUGCCAGUUUCGAUGCGGUGCGACCACAAAGCGGCAAUCACUCGCCCAUGGCAAUGCAAGGUCGGCCUGUGCGCGAGUUGGAGGAGCAGAUGUCCUCGCUGCGCAAGGAGAACUUCAACCUGAAGCUACGCAUCUACUUCAUGGAGGAGGGUCAGCCAGGUAACCGGACGAACAACUCCUCCGACUCCUUGAGCAAGCAGCUCAUCGAUGCCAAGAUCGAGAUCGAAAUGCUGCGAAAGACCGUCGAUGAAAAGAUGGAGCUGCUGAAGGAUGCAGCCAGGGCAAUUUCCCACCACGAGGAUGUGCAACGCAAAGCGGAACUCGAAAGCCAGAUGUUAAUCGAAGAGUUGCAGGAACAGAUUCGCUCUUACCAGCUGGCGGAGUCAUCUCAAGCUGGUGGCAGCAUUGCUGACCCGGACACCAGAAAGAUCCAACGCCUUGAGUCGGAGAUGAAAAAACUGGAGGACGAACUGCAGCAAGUCAUUACCCAGAACACAGAGGCCAAGAACGAGAUGGAGUUCGCGCUGGCCGAGCGCCUGGAAACUAUAACCGCUUGCGAGGCGAAGAUCCGUGAGCUGGCCAUAAAGAAUGCCGAACUCGUAGAGCGCCUCGAAAAAGACUCGGAAAUCGCAGAGAGUUCAAACAAGAUAAUAGAAGAGCUUAAGUCGGAGAUUGGGGAGUGUCGGGCCAACAAUCAGGAUCUGGUGGCCUCCAUUAGCAGCAUGGAUGUCGAACUGGUGCGUCGAAGCAACUCGAUGAAGGAGGUCUCCAACACGAUGGACGUACAGCGUCAGACCAUUCAGUUGUUGGAAGGCACCAUCAAGAGCAAGGAGAAGUCGAAUGCCCGCCUGCUUAAUAGCCUGCUGGAAUUUGAGGCACUGACCACCAAGCAGAAUGCGGAGUUGGAAAUCAUGCGGCAGCAGAAUGUGUACUUCCGCGAUCUCUCCGACAAUCUGCAGCAGAAGGAGCUGCGGCAAUCGGACCGCGGCGUGGCCAUCGUUCAGCCGAUGCCCACGAUGACGACGGAUGCCGCCGGGUGUCUUGUGUGGCAGUCGAGGGCCGUCGUCGCGCAAAACGCUGUGCCAUUGGAACGGCGGACAGGUGAAGACCUUGCCAACCGGCGAUCAGUGUGCUCAGCUCCUAAAACGUCGUUGUCCACAGCAGCAGCAGCAGCACCACCACCAUCAAGCGUAUCCAACACCUCAGUAUUUGCAACAGCGGGGUCACCGCCACGGCAGACAUACCACUCUGAUGGCCGUCAGUGCACCCAGUACGGCGUUCUACAACUAUUCGCUGCCAAGCUUUACUGGAUUCCGGCAGUUCCUGUGGCGCUGGGGCACGUAGCCCUCAAGCUCACCUUGCUGAUCUUGCGUUGGUACACCUGCCUUCAGAGCACCUGGGUGCCCUUGCAGACCAAGCGCGAACUGAACGCCCAACUCGCGGACAGGAUGUGCGAGCUGCAGGACGCCCAGGAGAAGCUCAAGGAGCGGGAGCGGAUCCACGAGCAGGCCUGUCGCACCAUCCAGAAACUGAUGCAGAAGCUGAGCAGUCAGGAGAAGGAGAUCAAGCGGCUGAACCAGGAGAAACAGCAGGAGCAGUCGGUCAACAAAGAGAACGACAGCGCCAAGACGACAGUUUCGCCAUCGACAACGGGUCGCUCGAUGAGUGACAACGAGGCCAGCUCCCUGGAAAUCUCCACCAACCUCAAGGUGCGCUACGAACUCAAGAUCACCGAGCAGGAGGAGAAGAUCAAGCAGCUGCAGGCGGAGGUCAAAAAGAAGACGGCCAACCUGCAGAACCUGGUCAACAAGGAGCUGUGGGAGAAGAAUCGCGAAGUGGAGCGCCUCACCAAUCUGGUGGCUAGCAAGCAAAAGGCGCUACCUCAAAUUGGCGAGGAGUCGGCCGGCGAAGCAGAUCUGCAGCAAUCCUUCACGGAGGCGGAGUACAUGAGGGCACUCGAGCGCAACAAGUUGCUGCAGCGAAAGGUGGAUGUGCUCUUCCAGCGACUGUCGGAUGAUCAGCAGAAUAGCGCGGUGAUCGGGCAGCUUCGCUUGGAAGUCCAGCAAGCUCGAACGGACUUGGAGGCUUCGGACAAGUGGCGACAGGAGUGCGUCGACGUUUGCGGUGUCCUGACCAAUCGAUUGGAGGAGCUGGCCGGCUUCCUCAACUCUCUGCUGAAGCACAAAGAUGUCCUUGGCGUGUUGGCCGCCGAUCGUCGUCACGCCAUGCGCAAAGCUGUGGAUCGCAGCUUGGAUCUCUCCAAGAGCCUAAAUAUGACCCUGAACAUAACUGGUACUUCAAUUGCUGACCAGAGCCUUGCCCAGCUGUGCAAUCUCUCCGAGAUCCUGUACACCGAAGGCGAUGUCAGCCACAAGACAUUCAAUUCCCACGAGCAGAUCCACGCCGCCAGUUCAAUGAGUCCGACGGUGGAGAACCUGAAGGCGGAGAACAAGGCUCUCAAGCGGGAGUUGGAGAAGAGACGCACCACUGAAGGACAGCAGCAGCGCAAGGAGCGACGCUCACUGCCACUGCCCUCCCAUCAGUUGGAUAACCAGAGCGAAUCGGAGGCCUGGUCAGAGCCGGAUCGCAAGGUUUCCCUGGCACGCAUUGGACUGGAUGAAACCUCCAAUAGUUUGGCCGCCCCGGAGCAGCAUGCUAGUGAGUCGGAGAGCGAGGGAAGGGCAUGUGCCACCCGGCAGGAACGCAAUCGCAACAGCGAACGCAUCGCCCAGCUGGAGGAGCAGAUUGCCCAGAAGGACGAACGCUUGCUUAACGUGCAGUGCCAGCUGGUGGAGCUGGACAACCGGUACAAACAGGAGCAACUGCGCUGUCUGGAUAUCAGCCAGCAACUGGAGCAGCUGCGAACCAUCAACGAGGCUCUGAAAGCGGACCUGCAGGCUAUUGGUUCGCACGAGGAUCAGCGGAUGGUGGAGCUGCAACGCCUGUUGGAGAUCAAGACCCAGCAGAUUGACCAAUUGAAGCUGGCGCAGAGCACCCUGACUGCGGAUGCCCAGAUCACCGAGAUGGAACUGCAGGCGGUGCAACAGCAGAUGCAGGAAAUGGAACAGCAGCACGCUGAUUCCGUGGAGCAACUGCAAUCCCAACUGGAGCAACACAAGCUGGAGGCCAUGAAGCAGUUGGAGGAGCACGAGCGUCUGCACCAGGAGGCACUCGAACGUGACUGGGUCGCAAUGACCACCUACCAGGAGCAGGCUCAACAGCUGCUGGAGCUGCAGCGAUCCCUAGACUACCACCAGGAGAACGAGAAGGAACUGAAGCAGACGCUGGUCGAAAACGAGUUGGCCACGCGGGCUCUGAAGAAGCAGCUGGACGAGAGCACCCUACAGGCUUCCAAGGCGGUGAUGGAGCGCACGAAGGCCUACAACGACAAGCUGCAGAUGGAGAAGCGCUCCGAGGAGCUGAAACUCCAACUGGAGGCUCUAAAGGAGGAACAGCGCAAGCUGCAGCAAAAGCGCUCCAACAGCAGCGAUGUCUCGCAAUCCGGUUACACAUCCGAGGAGGUGGCAGUGCCCAUGGGACCACCGGCUGGACAGGCUACAACCUCUAAGCUGGCUGCCGCUGCAGUGGUGGCCCAGAGGGUGAACAAUUCGUCCCCGGAUCUGGGCAUUGAAAGCGAUGCCGGAAGGAUUUCCAGCGUGGAGAUAUCCAAUGCCCAACGAGCAAUGCUCAAGACUGUGGAGAUGAAAACCGAGGGUGCAGGCAGCCAAAAGACAAAGCCAGAGGAAUCAAGUUCUCCCGACAGCAAACCCAAUCUGGCAGCCGGUGCAGCCACAGCCCACGACUGUGCCAAGGUAGAUCAAGAAAACGCCGAGUUGCGGCGCAAACUAAUCCGCACCAAGCGCGCAUUCGAAGACACCUACGAAAAGUUGCGUCUGGCUAACAAAGCAAAAGCACAAGUCGAGAAAGACAUCAAAAAUCAAAUACUAAAAACGCACAACGUGCUGCGAAACGUUCGCUCAAACAUGGAGAAUGAGUUAUAACGAUCGCGCCAACGUCCAGUAUAUCAGCAUUAACCCGAGAGGCCAUUUACCCAAUAUUCAUUUGCCAUUUGCAAUUUUUUCUUGCCAUUUUCAUUUCUUGUCUGUAUUGUAUUUUGUUGUCUCGUUGCUAACUUGAUAUUGAUUUAUUUAUAUUUCUUGUGUUUAAAGAGAACGAAACAACGAAGUUAUUAAUACGAAAUAUCCAUGCAUUUUCUAAAGACUGUUGAGGGAAUCGAACCCAUUGAAUGGAAUAUCACACCUGUUUUAAGCACAACACCUCAAGUUAACGAAAUAACUGAGUGCUGACAAAAUGUAUCUAACCCGGCGCACUCAUUCAUAUUGAAUGACACAUGUAAAUUAGACUGUAUAUAUCCUCAUAGUACCUAAACAUUUACGAAUAUUAUCUAGCAUACUCCUCAUGAUUCUUGUGUCUGAUAACCCCAAUUUUUUUGAUCUUUUGCGUGUAGCUACUGCUUGACUUAUGAACUAUCCUACUGCUUAAAUGCUCUUAAUCCUGAUUUCAGUUAAUCAUCGAAACGGAUAUUGAAAUAAUUGUUUGACUUACCCGCCAAAAACGGUUUAACCACGUUGCCAUCCAAUAAUUUUCUUUCGAAGCAUCCCUUUGUACAAUGUGUAAAAAGUAGUGUGCGGUGUCCUGGAGAACAAGACCUAGAACUUAAGUGAUUUGUACCCUGUCGUUUUAUGGAAUAAACAAUUGCGUUAGAAUUAAA